AUGAUAGGGACUGUUGUCUGGUACCCUUUCGGUGAUAAUGUUUGGAAAAACAUUCAAUGUUUCCCUGUAGUUCCAUACUAUCGUGUGGCUCUUGUUCGCCAUAGAGAGCAACGUGUUAAUGAAGGAGUGUAUUUGAAUGGUACAGUUAACUGGUUGGCCAUUCCAAAUUCCAAAUAUUUUUGGGGACAAUAUGAAGAACAUGAAGAUCUUCCGGCAAUUGAUCAAUUUGUGAUUAUCUCGUUGGAUCUAGGUACCGAGACAUACAACCAAUUGCUUCUCCCUCGGGAUUUAGUUGAAGUCCCGACUCUUUUGCCAACUAUUAGUGUGUUGAGGGACUGCCUUUGUUUUUCCUAUCAUAUUAAGACCACACAUUUUGCUAUAUGGAUGAUGAUGGAAUUUGGAGUGCAAGAGUCUUGGACUCAAUUCCUUAAUAUUAGUUAUGCAGAUCUUCAAAUUGAUUAUGAAUCCCCACGAUAUGGUUAUGAUCAUCUACUGCACCCGCUGUGUCUUUUCGAGGAUGAUGACACAAUAAUAUUAGCAAGUAGUCAUGAAGAGCAAGCAUUUCUCUAUAAUUGGAGAGAUAAUAGAGUAAGCAAAACUAGAAUUGCCAACAAUGUAUUGUGGAUGUUUUCCCGUGAUUAUAUUGAAACCUUGGUUUCAACCUGUGGUUGA